AUUUUCUCAGUCCAUCUUUUUUUUUCUUCUACUUUUUUCCAUUUUUGUCCUUCUUUGAUCAUGCGCUCGUCCGCUUCCUCCGCUUUGGUCGUGCUUGCGCUUGUUGCGCUCGCUGCCGCCUCUGCCUUUGCAGCGCCCGCCCAUCCACACACUCCCCUUGCAGGCCAAGCACUCGACGGCCACAAGGUCUACCGCAUCACUGCUCAGUCGGACGAGCAACUCCGCAUGCUCAACUCGUUCGUCGAGAUGUGGGACACUUAUGUCGACGUCUGGAGGGACAUUCGCUCGGUCGAGCACCCCGUCGACAUCCGCGUGCCAGAGUCGCUGCAAAAGCAGUUUGUCAGCUUCCUCGACAUGAUUGAGGUCGAGCACACUGUCAUUGUUGAGAAUGUCGCCGAGCUCGUCCAGGAGCAGAUGGACGACAUUCGCGCCCGCGCCUCGUCGUUUGUCCUCUCUGCCGACAACGUGCACGACGACGGCUGGUACUCAAACUACCAGACCUUUGAGAACAUUACCGCCUGGCUCACCACCCUCCAGGCCAAGUACCCGUCCCUUGUGACCAUCAACAUUGUCGGCACCACCUACGAGGGCCGCUCGCUGCCUGCCAUCACCAUCAGCUCCAACUCGACUUCCGGCAAGCCCAAGCCUGGCAUCUGGAUUGACGCCGGCAUCCAUGCGCGCGAGUGGAUUACCACCGGCACUGCCGUGUACAUGAUUGGCAACCUUCUUGAGGGCUACGGCGUCAACGCCAACAUUACCGCCAUUGUCGACGCCUUCGACUGGACCAUUCUGCCCGUGUUCAACGCUGACGGCUACACUUACACCUGGUCGAACGCUCUCGACGCCCGCAUGUGGCGCAAGACUCGCAGCAAGAACGCUGGCUCGCUCUGCGUUGGCACUGACCCCAACCGCAACUGGGACUUCCACUGGGGCGAAGCUGGCACUUCCACCAACCCUUGCUCGGACUCGUACCAGGGCAAGUCUGCCUUCUCUGAGAUUGAGAUCAAGUCUGUUGCCGAUUACAUCAAGACCAAGGGCACCUAUGUCAUCUACGUCGACCUGCACUCGUAUGGCCAGCUUUGGAUGAGCCCUUGGGGAUACACAGACACCAAGCCCGCCGACUUUAACACUCAGGACGCUGGCUCGAUCGCUGGCGUGAAUGCCGUUGUUGCCGCCGCCACCACCCUCCCUGCUGCCGUCUUCACCCACGGCACGAUCUGCUCCACCAUCUACCCCGCCUCCGGCUCGUCUGCGGACUGGACUUAUGGCGUUGCUGGCAUUGUCUACUCGUACGGCAUUGAGCUUCGCGACACUGGCACGUACGGCUUUGUUCUCCCUGCCUCCUACAUUGUGCCCUCCGGCAACGAGAUGCUUGCCGGCUUUAUUGCGCUUGCCAAGUACGUGGCUACGCAGCUGAAAUAAGUGCUUCCAUUUGUUGUGUGUAGCUAUCUUUCGUUGUUGCUUUGCAAACAUAUUAAAACAGUUUGUUGUUCUA